GAUCAAGAGAGCACUCUGAGCUCCAGAAGGAGCUUUCCAGGCUAGCUUUGAGGAUAAGCUGCGGAUGAGCGAUAUUGUCUUCAUGCGAACUUGGUAUCCUGUUUCCAUCCCAGCCUUCUAUAACCCAGUAACAUCUUUGUUGAAACCAGUGGGUGAGAAAGACACCUGGUCAGGAUUGUGGACCACGGGCCACCUCGGGCUCGCCCAUGGUGUCAGACUAAAGACAAACAAGGACUCUCUGUAUAAGGUACUGGUCGUGUGUGUGUUAGUGGAGAUGAAGCCUGUGCUCUACAGACAGGGAGUCACACAGACACUUUUCUAUAAUUUCUUACGUACUUUGAAUGUUCAGGUAUAAAGUCUAAUGUUAAAUUUGAUUGAACAAUUGUAUAUUUGUGGGAUAUUUUGGAAUGGAACACCAAAAAAUGGUAA